AUGGAUGUUAUUAUGAUUGCUGAUAUAGCAUGGAUCCAGAGAGGAGUAGCGAAGAGGAAUCCGGACAAAAUCCGAUUGGAUAAUGACCAGUUGAAGCAGCUUAUUGAAGGGGGCGUUUCGGAAUCAUCUGAUCUGGAAAGCGACGUUGGUGAAUUCCGUUUCGUUUGUAGAAUGCGAGGUAUCGCGAUGUAUUCAUCAAAUAUGGACGAUCCCUAUGUAACCCUACACAUUGAUAGCGAUGAAGAAGAAAAAGAAGAAAUUGAAGUGAAACCUGAAGACAACAUGGUAGCGCUAGCCAAGGUCCAAAGGGACAGCUAUACACUGGAGGUAUUCAUAUAUAACGAGGAAAACAAUGACUGGUACUGUCAUCACGAUUGCCUUCUGGAUGCACCACCUCUUUGUCUGGAACCAAUUCAGUAUGAUCCAGGAAACAGCGAAACGGAAAAGGGUAACCUGAUAGCAGUGGGGACAAUGGAAUCCGUUAUCAACAUUUGGGAUUUAGACAUAAUGAAUGCUGUUGUUCCUGUAGUUAAUUUGGGCUCCAAAAAGAGAGGUAACGUUUUAGAUUAUGAUUUUUUUUUACUUCUCGACGGUUGUAAAUCCAAAUUAAUCCUGCGAGUGGCUAAUUCUAUUUUAGAGCGAAGGAAAAAGCGUGAUGGUAGAGAGCAGGGACAUUCAGAUGCAGUUAUUAGUCUUGCAUGGAAUAAAAUUGCGACUCAUGUAUUAGCCAGUGGAGGUGCGGAUAGGCAGAUCUUGCUGUGGGAUUUAGAUGAGGCUAAAGUUGCUCAAGUCAUUCCUGAAAGGACAGGUGAGAUACAAUCACUGUCAUGGCAUCCAGCUGAACACUCAUUCAUCCUUGCGGGUACAUUAAGCGGGACAGUGGAAGUCAUUGACUGCAAUGAGAAUACAGGAAUUCCAUCCGCCUCAUGGAGUUUCGAAACACAAGUGGAACAAGUAAAGUGGAACCAUUUCAAUCCAUUUUCUGCUUUCUUCGCAACAGACGACGGAUUUUUAUAUCACGUUGACAUGCGAAAACCUGGUGAAAUUAUUUGGAGAGGUCAAGCUCAUGAUGGUACUGUUGGAGGUCUCACACUGUCUCCGACUGUGCGCGGUCUUUUAGUCACAGUUGGUCAUGAUCAUAUGAUGUGUGUCUGGAAAGUUCAAGAUGACGGUGCUCUGUUGAAGAUUCAUUCUGAGCGGCAACACAUUGGUGCCUUACAUGCAGCUGAAUUUAAUCCGGAUGUACCCACGGUGUGUUGUAUAGGAGGGUCAGCAAAUGAUCUGGUGCGAAUUGUUGAUGCUAGUAAGAUAGAUGUUGUUCUACGACACUUCUCGUAG